AUGUUUCGCGGUAUCCGCAAUGCAUACAUCCUUGCCUUGUCUGCAUCCUUGGGCUCUAUCUUCUUCGGCUGGGAUACUGGACUCAUGGGUGGCAUUUUAACCCUCAAGUCUUUCCAGAGUUACUUUGGAAUUAAUAAGAUGUCCGCGUCUGCUCAAGCCAAUUUCAACGGAAAUAUCGUGUCAAUUAUGCAGGCGGGAGCCUUCUUCGGUGUCCUAUCAACUAGUUGGGUAUCUAGUCGCUUUGGGCGAAAGCGAUCCCUAAUUGCAUCGGGGGUCAUAUACAUCAUCGGAAGCUUGAUCCAGGCCAUCGUUGGUCUUGGAAGUAGCCAGCUUAUAGCGCUUCGACUUUUCUAUUUCAGUCGUUUCGUCUCUGGCAUUGGAGUGGGCAUGGUAUCUGCUUUGGCGCCCUCAUACAUAUCAGAGUGCAUGCCCAGACACAUUAGGGGGAGGUGUACUGGGCUUGUCCAGUUCUCUGAUAACGUCGGGAUGAUGUUGGCCUACUGGGUGAACUACAGCGCCUCCACAAAUAUCUCGUAUAGCAAUAUGCAAUGGCGAAUGCCUUUAAUAGUCCAGCUGGUCCCGGGCAUCUUGUUCGUCCUCUUCAUGCUUCCACAACCAGAGUCACCCCGUUGGUUGGUCGAGCAGGAGCGUUAUGACGAGGCAGCGGAAACGCUUGCAUACGUUAUUCGAAUGCCAGUUGACGAUAAAUCCGUCCUUCUUACGCUCGACGAGAUCAAAGCGGACUUCACUGGGAAGCAGCGAUUAUCUUUGCUCAGCCAGUUCCGCAUGAUGGGAGAGUCGCGUCAAAUUGUGCUUCGCUGCUUGAUCCCCUCCAUAACCACCUUCUUCCAGCGAUGGACUGGUGCGGAUUCUGCCAACUACUUCAGCCCACAGAUAUUUGCUGCGCUUGGUAUUACUGGUACAACAUCUGGCCUAUUUGCAACAGGGCUCUACGGUGUCGUGAAAGUCAUCGCAGUUGGUCUUACCUUAGCAUUUGCUGUAGACAGCUGGGGUCGCAAGAUGUGUCUCUUCGUGGGUGCUCUGGGGCAAGGUUUGUCUAUGCUCUGGAUCGCCGGCUUCAGCGCUGUCCAUCCGCAGAGUACUAUUGUUCCCGCGAGCUACGUGUCUAUCGUAGCCGUCUACCUCUACGCUGUGUUUUUCUGCAUCGGCUGGGGACCUCUGCCGUGGAUCGUGGCCAGCGAAAUUGCUCCCAACCACCUCCGUUCGGCCACACUUACUAUCGCCAUCAGCGUGAACUGGCUGUUGUCGUUCACGAUAUCACGCCUGACACCUCUGAUGCUUGAGAAGAUGUCGUACGGGAUAUUUCUACUCUUCGGCGUGUGCUGCAUGAUUAUGGCAGCAUGGGUGUAUUUCUUGCUGCCUGAGACGAAUGGGUAUGCGUUGGAGGAUAUCAAGUAUCUGUUUGAGAAGGAUGUAAUGGUGAGAUCUUUGGAGGAUUCGCCUGGGGGACGUGUGUUCCUUGGAGGCAGGCGAGCGACACCUGUGGAGGAAAUGAGGAGAGCAGCAGAUGUCCAUGGUUUGAGUGAUACUGCGAGGAAGGGGGACGAGGAGAAUAACGAGAGUAUUGAAAUCGCUGAUCUGCAGAUUUAA